AUGAAGGUGGGCGACAUCGAAUGCUUGAUCGAGGUGAAAGGCGGGAUGGCACUCAAUGAGUACGGCGUGCAACGCUCCGCCGACGGGAGGACUUGUAUGGCGUGGAUACCUUCGAGGAUUGAUCAGGAAUUCUCCAUCGUCUACCACGACCCAAAGUUUAUGCGCGUGACCGGCUCCUACCCGCGCAUCGACGGCGCCCAGUACAAAGGCCACAUGCUGAAGAAAGGGGAGCAACUGUGCGUACAGAAGUACGUACGCACGGGUCCGCAGGAGCUCCGGAGGUUGAAGUUUGGGGCGUUGCGGCUGACCGACGACGACGAUACGUACCUCCUUUAUGGACAGCGUAACUUCGGCGAGAUCGCCGUCGACAUAUGGCGCUGCGACAUUAGGCCAGAGUGCAAGAAGGUCCCGAACUCGUAUACUGUACCCCCGCCUGCGCUGGCGCACGAGAGGGGGAAGAAGGCCGUCACUCACGCUGUCACAUUCGGCGCGCCCAUAUUGUAUCCGGCGUCUCGCGACCAACACAUCGUGCGGCUCUCACAACAAAUAUCCUACGCGAAGCGCAAGAUGCAACUCGAUAACUUGACCUGUUGGAUAACCGUCAAUGGCGCACGACUUGAGGAAUACGGCAUCGAGGAGGACGACGAGAAGAAAGAGCGUAUUGCGUGGAUUGCGUCCGAGCCGGACCAGGCCUUCUGCGUCAACUGGCGUGACCCCGACAGGACGCGAGCUACGACUGGCAAGCUGAAAAUCGACGGCAUCUACUGUGGUGGGGGGAUUCUCGAAGUCCCGCGGCGCUUGGGCGACGAGGCACAUAAGUCCUACGCGCAUAUCAGCGCAACAGAGGGGCGGCCGCUCCAGUUCGCCGCACUGGAGCUCACAGACGACGACGCCUACUUGGGGGAGGACGCGAAAGACGUCGGGCAGAUUGAGGUCGUCGUCUGGCGCGUUAAGAUUGGGAAGGAAGUGCCAUUCAAAGGCGUCGAGCCGAAGGAGAGCAUCAAGAUGCACGAGAAGUCCAAGAAAGGCCUCCAGCUUGCCGUCAAAUUUGGCGCCAAGGAGACUGUUCCGAAAAGGAAAUGUGUAGAUGUCGACUACGUAGAACGGCUAGCCACCUUCAUCUUUCGGUAUAGGACGAUCACCGACAUCCCAGUUGUCGGUCCCUCCGCUACCUCAUCCUCCAGCAGCCCAGGGCCCGGCGCUGGCCGCAAACGCCGCGCAUCUGAGGCACUGACGCCCGAGGCCCAGGACGUCAAACCGGAGAUUAAGACGGAGAUCGAUCUCGUGGCACUGGACGAGGCUGAGGAACGCGUUCGCCAGAUCGAGGAGCAAUACCGCCGCGCGAAGCAGGAGCUUGAGCAGCGCCGGCGCAAUAAGAAAGUCAAGAUUGAGGAGAUUACGAGCUUCAUCAGCGGGGAGUGUGCGCUCAUGUACGAUAUCCUUGGGAUGAACAUUGGGAAUCUGGAGUGCCAGGUCUGCGUGGACGUGGACGGUCGUCUCGAGCCACUGGAGGAAUACGGCGUCGAGCAUUGUGAUACCGAAGGAAGCAAGACAUGUUCGGCAUGGAUACCCUCCAAGGUUGGGCAGGUCGUUUGCCGCGAUCCCGGCAAGAAAGCGCGAGCGAAGUGCUGCCUCAGUACCUCCCUCUACAUCGACGGUAUACAGCGGAGCGACGGAAAGAUAUUUUCUUCUUCUGCGUCGGACGAGCACUGGCACAGGGAUGUGCGCGUCUCCUUGACAGAGCGCCGCGUGGUGCAGUUUGGUGCAUUAAAGCUAACAGACGACGACGACAUACUGCAGGCCGACACGCGGAAGUAUGGAGAGAUAACCCUCGAAGUGUGGAGGGCUCGUCUUUUGGAUGAUACGAGGCCGCGAGAGGGGCGAACGUUCAACCAGGGCUUUGUGCCCGCUCGUGUUCACGAGAAGGCCAAGAAAGGCCUCGCCCAUGUCGUCGUCUUGGGAGAAGCCAAGAAGAUUCCGUCACCAGGAAGCAUUGCUUCGGAGGUAUUAGACGACAAUCCCAUCGCCACGUUCACCUUCCACUAUCGCAGCAUAGACGUCCUGCGCGCCAAGGGUAUCGCACCAAGUUGCGCUUCGCAAAUCGCGGACACGAACCCUUUGAGUUCGGACACAAAGCCAGCGCGUUCACAAAUCGCAGAUGUGUCCUCAGCGGCGGAGAGUCGAAAGCGCAAGGCAUCAGAGGAUCUACUACACGAGCGACCUCUGAAGCGAGAAGUUGUGGACAUUGAGGCAAUAGAGCGCGACAGAGAAGCGGUUCGUCAGGCGGAGGAGGCACUUCGUCAGGCGCGACUGCGGUUAUAUAGACAGGAAGGCAACGACCGGGUGAAGCUUGAGGAUGUGUCGACGUUCAUUCAAGGCGAGGUGAUCGACUUAACAGACGAUUGA